UGUAUAAAUCCUGAGAUGUGUUUCCACCAAGAGGAACUGCAGCUGAAGAAGUUAGAUGAAGACAGUUUAACCAAACAACCUGAAGAAGUAUUCGAUGUAUUGGAGAAGCUUGGAGAAGGUUCCUAUGGCAGUGUGUUCAAAGCCAUUCAUAAAGAGACGGGUCAAGUUGUUGCAAUUAAACAAGUUCCUGUGGAAUCUGACCUUCAAGAGAUUAUAAAGGAAAUAUCCAUAAUGCAGCAGUGUGACAGUCCUCAUGUGGUGAAGUAUUACGGCAGCUACUUUAAGAACACAGACCUGUGGAUAGUCAUGGAAUACUGCGGCGCUGGAUCUGUGUCUGAUAUUAUUCGAUUACGAAAUAAAACUCUCACAGAGGAGGAAAUUGCUACAAUAGUGCAAUCAACACUGAAAGGACUGGAGUACCUGCAUUUUAUGAGGAAAAUACACAGGGACAUCAAAGCUGGAAAUAUAUUGCUAAAUACAGAGGGACAUGCUAAACUUGCAGAUUUUGGAGUGGCAGGACAACUUACAGACACCAUGGCAAAGCGGAACACAGUUAUAGGGACCCCAUUUUGGAUGGCUCCAGAAGUGAUUCAAGAAAUUGGGUAUAAUUGUGUGGCAGACAUCUGGUCUCUGGGCAUCACUGCAAUAGAAAUGGCUGAAGGCAAGCCACCAUAUGCAGAUAUUCAUCCUAUGAGGGCAAUUUUCAUGAUUCCCACCAAUCCGCCUCCAACAUUCCGGAAACCAGAGCUCUGGUCAGACAAUUUUACGGACUUUGUAAAACAGUGUCUUGUUAAGAGCCCAGAGCAGCGUGCCACUGCAACACAGCUUCUGCAGCAUCCAUUUGUUAAAAGUGCCAAAGGAGUGUCAAUUCUGCGAGACUUGAUUAAUGAAGCAAUGGAUAUCAAGCUGAAACGUCAAGAGGCACAACAGCGCGAACUAGAUCAAGAUGAUGAAGAAAACUCAGAGGAAGAUGAAACCGAUUCAGGUACCAUGGUGAGGGCGAGUGGAGAUGAAACUGGUACCAUAAGAGCUGUCAACACAAUGAGUGAUGGAGCCAACACAAUGAUAGAGCACGAUGGCACCUUGGAGUCCCACUUGGGCACAAUGGUAAUAAACACAGAAGAUGAAGAGGAGGAGGGCACCAUGAAAAGGAGGGAUGAAACGAUGCAGCCAGCCAAACCAUCAUUCCUUGAAUAUUUUGAGCAGAAGGAGAAGGAGAAUCAAAUCAAUAGCUUUGGGAAGAAUGUGUCUGGCCAGACAAAAAAUUCAUCUGAUUGGAAGGUACCACAGGACGGAGACUACGAAUUUCUAAAGACUUGGAGUGUUGAUGAGCUUCAGAGGCGGCUGUCAGCCCUGGACCCCAUGAUGGAGCAGGAGAUUGAAGAAAUCCGCCAGAAGUACCAGUCAAAGCGGCAGCCAAUCCUCGAUGCCAUUGAAGCCAAGAAACGGCGGCAGCAGAACUUCUGAGCCACUGGUAUAAUAUUCUUCCAUCCUCAAACAAUCAACUCCUUGCUUUUAUGACUACUAAACAGAUUGAUUUCUAUUGAAAUAUGCUAGCAAAAUAGAGGGCAAUACUUCUGCUCAUUUAUUUUUCCAUAUUAACUUUGUGAACUCAGGAAUGCCAUUAAGCGGAAAAUCCUGAUGGUAUGUUUUAAUGUUAGACACAUAUUUAAAACAUUAUUCUGAAGGAGUUUUGUUAUUGUUUUUAGGGGGAUUGUUUUUAAAUCAGAGGAACAGAUAGAAAUAGGCUAAUGAAAGUCGGCUCCCUCUCUUUUCAACUGAAAUUUCAGUAGUCCAUUUUGGUUUAAGUUAAUAUGGAUUGUGGUAUUUAAUGGCUGCAUCUUUUGUGGUUUUUGUUUUUCUUUGUGAAUGCACAGACUCAAUUUCAAGCUGUUAACUGUAUCUUUCUACUGUUAAGGUACUGAUAAGUUUUAGGUCACUGAAGAGAGAGGUGAGAACAUAUGCAAACUGUUCCAGCCUUUUGAAAGAAACUUAAAUCUCAUUUUUUAAAAAGCCUGUAAUAAGCCCCAUGCCUUACACUGCGUGCUUUAAGCAAGUGUGGUUUCUUCAAGACCUCAGUUUUGUCCUCUUUUUAUGUACUUUAUGAGUUAAUACAAGUAGAUAAAGCAUGUUGUGCCUCCAUCAGGAAUUACAUUCUGUAAGUUGAAAUCCACACCGACUUAAAACCAAAAGCGAAUCGGUGAUCUGAUUCCCCUUUGUCUGUUUGGAAAUGUCCUUCAGGGAGACCCUGCUGACCGUGGAGUACAGGACAAAGAAACAGUAUUCGAAUGGGUGGAAGUUGUGUGAACCUCUCUCAGGAAUUAGGUACUUCUGCUGUGUCUGAGAGGUCUUAAAAAUCUCCGCAGUUUGUGAAAUAUUUUAUGGGCUUUAUUUCAAACUUACAUUUUUAGAUGCUUGAAUAAAAACUUAAUUUCACAAUCCCUCACAUUUCUCCAAGGUUUAGCACAUCAGAAAAGUUGAACUGAAGGUAAAGACUUUGUUGAAUUAACAAAGAUAUGUAUUUAUGGUGGUGGAGCAAAGGCGAAGUUGGUCUGGAUGAGAAGACAAUUACUGAUGUCCUACUGGAAGAGAUUCCAGUUCCUCUGGAUGCUCUUGUGUUCUUUUUU